AUGGCUAGCAUAGAGAAGCCCGCGAAGACGAAGCUAUGGCCAUACUACGAUCUUCAUGAUGUGCCCGAGGGUGAGAUUAUUCUCAAGAUGAUGGAACAAAAUGACUUCCCCAUAGCUCAAGCCGUCCAGGAAAUUGUCGCAUUGACCCAUGCAGCAGCGCUAUCCACAGCCGAGGAUGAUCCUGUGUGGGUGCAUGCUUCUCGCGUCGCAGAUGCGAUUCAUAUGCUCUCUAUGCACACCAAGCACAACGAGCAAUACAAGCUCCUUGAAUUUGUUGUCUCCCUCCAUCAGGUCACCAUACCUGAUCCUAACACUGGAGAGGUAUUUGCGCUUGAUGGGGCGUGUUUCUGGACAGAUUUGCCUGAACUAUCUAUGACCCAGGGCGAAUAUUUCGCAUAUGGCAAUCGCAGUGAUACCAAGGAGUAUCAUGAAAAUGCUCUAGCCUUCUACGCCCAGCUAUCAGCGGCCGGAAUCUUGAAGUACAAAGAAAGCAUCAGCCGCGAUUAUAACGAUCUAACACGGCUCUUUGAUACAAACGGCCAGCUUUCGAGACCGGAAGUGCGAGUCAUGUGUAUGUGGUUUAUCUACGCACCUGAGAAGGUCUGGCUGGAUGUCCAGCUACGUCGCACUUAUCAGGAUGACCAAUUUCCCGCAGACUCUUGGAUUAAAUGGAGGCAGUUCUUGCAAGAUUGCCAGUCUGCACCCGGAGAAAAGAUCAGAGAUGAAGAUACGCAGCAGCUCAUAAAACAAGCAUUAGAAAGCAUGGAAAAUGUGGGAGCAAAAGAGGACACAAAGCUCUCUUCUGAGCUUCAUUUGUAA